ACAACAAGGGACGGAAGCAAAAAAUCGCGAGCGGCUGUGAGGAGAAAAAAAAAUAUCAUUAAUUAAUAUAACAAAACCGCCGUGCGGUUAUUACUUUAUAAAUAUAGAUUUUAUUUUAUUUUUCUUAAAAAUUACAGCGUGCUGUUCUGUUGGAGGGGUUGUGGGGAAUUGCCCAGGUCGAUGCGCGGGUCCUGUCGCUCCGAGCUGGCGAUGGUGCAGAAAGAGAAGGCGGCCGGAGUACUGGAGCAGGGCGACGCCGACCCCAUACCCCCCACUGACUCCAGCCCUGCUGCCGCCCCGGCACCUGGGCCUCCCGUAUCCGAGACCGGCCACACACUCCCGUCCGGCGACCCGGCCGCCGCCGUCGCUGCCACCGAGCCGGCCCCCCAGGAGACGGCCGCGGCUAAUGGCGGCCUGGAUAACCGCCCUCUACCCCAGGCACCCGAUCCGACUGGCGAUAAGAAGAAAUUUCUGUGCGGUGUGGUGGAAGGGUUUUAUGGCCGCCCCUGGAGCAUGGAGCAGAGGAAGGAACUGUUUCGAAGAAUGCGCAAGUGGGGAUUGAACACAUACCUGUAUGCACCAAAGGAUGAUUACAAGCAUAGGAUGUUCUGGCGGGAGAUGUAUUCUGUUGAAGAAGCAGAACAAUUGAUGCAGCUAAUUUCUGCUGCCAAAGAGCACAGUAUUGAGUUCGUCUAUGCCAUAUCUCCUGGUCUUGAUAUCACGUUCUCAAAUCAAAAAGAAGUUGCUACCCUUAAACGCAAAUUGGAUCAAGUGUCACAGUUCGGAUGCAAGUCUUUUGCACUGUUAUUUGAUGACAUUGACCACAAUAUGUGCCCAGCAGACAAAGAGGUAUUCAGCUCAUUUGCACAUGCACAACUGUCCGUUACUAAUGAGAUCUAUCAGUACUUGGAAGAGCCAGAACAUUUUUUAUUCUGUCCUACAGAGUACUGUGGAACCUUUUGCUACCCCAACGUUGCACACUCGCCAUACCUUCGGACUGUUGGGGAUAAACUACUUCCUGGCAUUGAUGUGUUGUGGACUGGUCCAAAAGUAGUCUCAAAAGAUAUCUCUGUGGAAUCCAUCGAAGAAGUCACCAAAAUACUGAAGAGGGCUCCUCUCAUCUGGGACAACCUGCAUGCUAAUGAUUAUGAUCAGAAGCGCCUUUUCCUUGGACCAUACAAAGGGCGGUCAACUGAACUCAUUCCACGGCUGAAAGGAGUACUGACAAACCCCAACUGUGAAUUUGAAGGGAACUUUGUCGCCAUUCACACCCUGGCUACGUGGUACAAAUCCAACAUGAAUGGUGUGAGAAAGGAUGUUGUGAUGACUGACACAGAGGAGAGCACUGUAUCUAUCCAAAUCAAACUUGAAAAUGAAGGUAGUGAUGAGGAGAUAGAAAUGGAUAUCUUGUACAGCCCUCAAAUGGCUUUGAAGAUGGCUAUAUCAGAAUGGCUGCAAGAAUUUGGAGUGCCACACCAGUACAACUAUCGAACAGUCCCUCACAGCGGCGCAAAGACAAAUGCAAUUGGUGUAGAAGCACUAGACACGCCCUGCCUGAACUCAUCCACAACAGUGACUACAGUCUACCAACAGCCGAUCAUGAGUCAGGGAAGCCCACUGAGUGGUGAGCAAGCCCCACUGGCUAAGGAAGAGGAGGAGAAGAAACAGCAGUCUGAUGAAGAACCAAUGGAGAUGGUGGUGGAGAAACCUGAUGAGCAAGAAGCCAAAAACGUUAAUCAGAUCCUUACAGAUAUUGUCAAGGCCAAAAUGUCUGAGGAUCUCAAACCCAUGGAGAUGGACAAAGACAGUAUUGCUGAAUCCAAGUCUCCUGAGAUCUUCAUGCAGGAAGACUCUGGAAGUGACAUUGCACCCAUGCAGACAGAUGAACAGAUGAACAAGGAGCAGUAUGUCCCUGGUCCCAAUGAGAAGCCAUUGUACACUGCUGAAGCUGUGACCCUCGAAGACCUAAACCUCUUGGCAGAAAUGUUCUAUUUGCCUUAUGAGCAUGGACCCAAAGCUGUUCAGAUGCUGAGGGAAUUUCAGUGGCUUCGGGCUAACAGUAGUGUCGUUAGUGUGAACUGUAAAGGAAAAGAUGCUGAAAAGAUUGAGAAAUGGCAUUUCAGAGCUACUAAGUUUGAAGAGAUGUGCUGUGGCGUAAUGCAGAUGUUUACCCGUCUUGCCAAUUGUGAAAACCGAUCCAUUCUAUAUGAUCUGUACCCAUAUGUCUGGGAUAUAAAGGGUGUGGUAUCUAUGGUGAAAUCCUUUGUCCAGUGGUUAGAUGGAAGAAUCCUCAGCACAAGUUACUACAGCUGUGGGAUCGACAACGCCAGAUGGUGUCGUAGUCAAUCUUCAGCACAGUUCUUGAGUGGCGACCAAGAACCCUGGGCCUUUAGAGGUGGUCUAGCAGGAGAGUUUCAGCGUUUGUUGCCAAUUGAGGGGGCAAAUGACCUCUUCUACCAGCCACCACCACCCAUGCCUACCUCAAAAGUGUACACAAUCAGGCCAUACUUUCCAAAAGAUGAGGCUUCUGUGUACAAGAUAUGUAAGGAGAUGUAUGAUGAUGAAAUGGAUGGUGACUCGAUGUCCUAUCAACCAGAUAUCAUUGGUGACAGUUUGGUGGGAGGUCUUCUGACACUGAGCCCGGAUUAUUGCUUCGUGUUAGAGGAUGAGGGCAGUAUAUGUGGUUAUGCCCUUGGAACUGUGGAUGUGAAACCAUUUUGUACAAAGUGCAAGGUCUCCUGGAUACCCGCUAUGCGGGAGAAGUAUAUUAAACCAGAGGCUAGCAAGGACCUUUCAGAAGAACAGAAAAUGAUGCUGAGUUUCCAUGAAGAGCAACAAGGUUUGCCGGAAAGCUUCCUUGCCACCUUCCCCUCGCUAAUUAAAGUGGAUGUGCACUCGAAAGUGACGGAUCCUAGUGUUGCUAAGAGUAUGAUGGGAUGUUUGCUUUCGUCGUUAAAAGCUAAUGGAUCCCGGGGAGCAUUCUGUGAAGUAAAACCCAACGAUCGACGAGGUCUGGAAUUCUACAGAAAGCUGGGCUUCUUGGAGUUAGCUAAAAUGGAGGGAUUCCCGAAAGAGAUGUUGGUUCUGGGAAGGAAUUUGUAACGGGCGCCCUGUGCAACGUAGUGUAAUUAAAGGAUGUGUAUAAUUAAAUGUAUCUAAAUUUAGCCUUAAGCUGAAUAACCUGUGUUUAAUAAUGUUUUAUAUUUUAUCUUUUUUUAUUUGCAAUACAUAAUAAGGUGAACUUGAUCUAGAUGGCACUUUGUGAGAUGGGUGGAGCUCCACUGAUGCAGUAACAAAGCAUUGUCUUCUCUCUCUUCUGUUUUUACCCUUUUCUAUCCUUCCAAUCUUCCCAUCUUACAUAAGAAUUUCUCUGCUAUUAGAUGGGAAGGUGGUAACCAGUUUCUCUCAUUUCUGAUGCUACUCCCAAGCUGAUGGUGUUUGCUUGCUGUGCAACCAUUUAAACUAUCUUGUCAUAAUGUUGCUUUGUUUAUAACUGACCAUCACACACACUUGGUGGCUUGCGGUGACAAAAUGAGCCCAGUUCAAUUUGAUUGGGUGAGGUUUUGGGACUUUAAUUGGUGCCUUGGAGUUUGCUUUCUGCAAUUUUUAUAUUCUUUUGUGAAAGCUAAUGGUCUUUUGGACUCUAAAUUGAUACCUCUCUUUAAAAAGGCACCUUAUACAUGGUGAUUCUUAUAAUCUCACUCGGCAUUUUAUAGAAUUGUUUCUGGAUAAAAGAGCAAACUGUAAAUGUUGUAAAUCUAAAAUAAGUGCAGCAGUGCUAGGAAUACACAGCUGGUUAGUCAACAUCUGUAUAGAGGAAAGGCAAACUAAUAUUUUGGGUACAUACUUUCAGAACCUGAUUAAGCUGUACAUCCAAACCAUUUAAUUUGGUGGGAGAGCUUCUUGUUUGUAUAAAGAGUGCCUGAAGUGUAACUUGGAAGUGGUCCUGCACUGGGUUUCACCAGCAACAACAUAGGGCUGUAAUCACUUCUUUAAUAUGGUAAAAUAGCCCAAGGUAAUUUCAAGGCCUGUCCUAUAUGUGACUUUACCUUCCCAUCGUGUUAGCAUUAAUGGCUCUUUAAUGAAGUGAUGGAUGUGGGAGAUCCUCUUUUGUCUCUUCUUUCCCCCCUCCACACAGUCCACAGUAAAUUUGAAUAACCUCCUGGACAUCUUUCCUAACUCCUGUGAAUAAUUGUUUACUCUGCCAAGAAGACCUCAUUGCAGAAGUUGAUACUUCUCUGGUUUCAUGGCCUGGUUUGUUGUAUGGACCAGCAAUCAUUUGCAUUGUGACCCAUUUUCUUACAUUAGAUUCCAGUAUCUCUCUGUGUCCAUGGUACAUCUCCGGGCUGGGGGUGCACAACAGCCAAACUGAUUCUCCCAGCCAGCCGCUGGGAGCAGUCUGGUCUUCCAUUUGGUUCCCAAGACCAGUGUGCUAAUGAGGUCACAUCAUGAUCUACUCCUACACCUGUUCAAGCAACCCUACCUACCCCUGCAUUGAUUAGAAGAACCAUGUCCAGGAGUAUAUUCUUCAACUGUCUGUGACAAAACCAUUAUCAUAGUCUGCUCCAUUUUCACUUUCCAGUCCUAUGACUCUUGUUUUAUAAAAUGCUCUCUACACACUAAAUUCUUUCUUUGUUAAACUUUUGCUUAUAUGCUUGAAACAUUAAGUCAUGGGGAUAAAUAAUGGCAUGUUUUAAAUAUUCAGUUUGUAUUGACAUCAGGAGAAAACACUGAACACUGCCCUGAUGUGCAGCAUUCUUGUUUUGCUUUAUUCCACAAUUCAUAAGUGCUCAUAUCUGUUAACUGAGGUUAAGAUUUCACUGAGGUCUCCUGGCUAGCUUUGUGCAAACUGGGGUGGAAGGAUUGAACAAGAAGAUGGGCACAAAUACUUACUGACUGAGCCAGCUACUUUAUCCUCAUUUUAUAGUUUGUAAUGUUUCCAGUAGCUGGGAGUAAACAAAUUUGUUUUUCUAUCUGCACGAUACUGACACCAGCAUUCCUGCAACCACUACCUCUACUACUACCUCUCUCCAGUUCUGAAGAAGUGUCAUAUCGGACUGAAACAUUAACUCUGUUUCUUUCUCCACAGAUGCCGCCAGACCUGCUGGGUUUUUCCAGUAUUUUCUGUUUCCAUUACUGCAACCAGUGUCUGUUGUCGCAACCUGUGUCUGGGAUAGCUUUCUUUUCAAUUCUCCAUUCACUUGUCACACUCGGUUCCAGAAUCUUGGAUUGAGUGAGAAUUAGCUGUAAUUCUUGUUAAGUUCCAUCCUCUCUUGCCUGAAUAUUUUUCCAAACACUUAUUAGUCUGCAACAAAAUCUAGCUUUUCCAUUUACUCCUACCUUUCCUGGCUUCAUUAAACUGAUCAAUACGUUAAGAGUGCGGUCAAAGUUUUCAGAUCUCCCACUACCCGCCCUAGCCAUCUCUCUGAAAAUAAUUCAUGCUGUAUGUGCUAUCCUCGCAGCUCCCCUCCAGUCAGAUAUAAAGGCUAUCUCAAUUGGGUAAUGUGCACAGAAUUGGACAGAAAUAAUGUUGCUAUUUGAAUGAAUACAUGAAAAAGAUGGAAUACAAAGUUAUCCAGAUACUGCUCCAGUCACAUUCAUGGAUCUAGAUGGAUAGAAAUCUGAUUUUACAGACUUAAGGUCUAUGGACCAAAACUGUUUGAAAAUCUGUUUUAUAAAACCUGAUUAAUACUUUUUCUUUACGUCCCUUUCCGCCACGUUUCUUCCCUGCCCCAUCUUGCCUCCCAAAUACACCGGAACAUACUUCUGUAUUCUAACUGUUUCUUGACUGCAUACUUAAGAACCGCUGCCGCUUGCCUGCUUCCUUUGAAAACCUACUGGUGUUUUCUGCACAGUCAAUAGAAAUUGUUGUGGUAGAGUGGGGUUGCUUGAAGAUAUGAGGGCUGUGCUGAAGUAUCACUAUUUAUAGAAAGUUUGUGGGACUAUGGUUCCAGAAACUGAAAGCAUGACAAAGUGUGCACAAAACACUGCUGAAAAUCUGAAAUGGAACUAGGUACCUAACAAAUUGGAUAAAGUUGCCUGCCUGCUAGAUAACUUUUUCUCUCUCUCAAACAUCAAGCUGCUGUGUAUUCUGGUGCACGUUUUUUUUUUUUGCCCCGUCGACUAAAAUGGCAAUGGCACCUUAAUGAACAUUUCCCUCACUUAACUGCCUUUGAGAAGGUGGGGAUGAGUCACCACCUUGAGUCAUUACAUGUACUUCAUGCAAUGUAGGUACGCACAAAUGCUGUAAGCUCCAGGAUUUUGACCCAUUGACAAUGAUAUAUUCCAAGGCAGGAUAGUGUAUGACUGAGGGAAAUCCGCAGGUGUUGGUGUUCCCAUGUCCUUGUCCUUGUCUUAGGCAGUAGAUGUUGAGACUUUGGCUGGUGAUUCUUGAGGCAGGUUUCAGUGCCUCCCCCUCCUCUAGGGAUAAAAAUCAUUAAGUAUUUUGUCACCAGGUAAAAUGAGGAAGGGUGAUUUUCUUUUUUUACACUCUGGGCACCCAAUGGUACAGUUAAAGAUUCUAGUUUCCCAAAAGUACAGUGUGGCUGAUGCAAAUAUUAAGCUGUAUAACAAUGGGAUGAAAAUACUAGUUUUACAGAACUACAUUGGGGUUCCAUUUUGUCUUGUCACACACUAUAAAGCAUAUUAACUCUGAUCAUUACUGUAAUAUUGCAACACCUGACUCCAGGUGUCAACACUUCAUUUAUUUCUGUAACUCUAACAUGGGAAUUUAGCCAUGCUUCUCCUUUACCUUCUGCAGCCCCCCUCGCCAAAACUUCUGACACUCAUCAGUGGAGAGCAAGCCCAGACAAGGAAAGAACUGUGUACAUAUAAAUCUUUUUAAAAGAU